GGCGAGAACUUGGGAGGGACAGCGGCGCGGGGAGGUGGCUUAGCAGAGACUUUCCAGCAACUGCUGCCCGGGGCUCUUUUUUUUUUCCUUUUUCCCAGGAGGCGGCGGCGGCGGCGGGCGGAGAGGAAGCCGGGGAAGCGUCUCCAGCCGGAGCCCAUUGCAGCCCUCCGGCCCCGCGCGGGGGGCGUCCCGGCCCCGAUGAGCCCCCUCCGUGCGCCCCGGACAGCUGAGCGGCGGGAGAGCGAGCGGCGCGGGGCGGCCGAGGACGAUCGCUGCUGCUGCCGCCUUGCCCUCGGGGAUAGGAUGUGGUGAGAGAAUGGGGCUUCUCCCUCCCGGGGGUCACCAUGGCCAGAGAAGACUCCGUCCGGUGCCUGCGCUGCCUGCUCUACGCCCUCAACCUGCUCUUUUGGUUAAUGUCCAUCAGCGUGUUGGCAGUUUCUGCUUGGAUGAGGGACUACCUAAGUAAUGUUCUGACUUUAACUGCAGAAACAAGGGUGGAGGAGGCUGUCAUCCUGACUUACUUCCCCGUGGUCCAUCCGGUCAUGAUUGCCGUCUGCUGUUUCCUUAUCAUCGUGGGGAUGCUGGGAUACUGUGGGACCGUGAAAAGAAACCUACUGCUUCUGGCCUGGUAUUUUGGAAGUUUGCUUGUCAUUUUCUGUGUGGAACUGGCUUGUGGUGUUUGGACAUAUGAGCAGGAAAUUAUGCUUCCAGUACAGUGGUCAGACAUUGUCACUUUGAAAGCCAGAAUGACAAAUUAUGGCUUACCUAGAUACCGCUGGCUUACGCACGCUUGGAAUUUUUUUCAGAGAGAGUUCAAGUGCUGUGGAGUGGUGUAUUUCACCGACUGGCUGGAAAUGACAGAGAUGGACUGGCCCCCAGACUCCUGCUGCGUUAGGGAAUUCCCAGGAUGCUCCAAACAGGCCCACCAGGAAGAUCUCAGUGACCUGUACCAAGAGGGUUGUGGGAAGAAAAUGUACUCCUUUCUGAGAGGAACCAAACAACUGCAGGUGCUAAGGUUUCUGGGGAUCUCCAUUGGAGUGACACAAAUCCUGGCCAUGAUUCUCACCAUCACUUUGCUCUGGGCUCUCUAUUAUGAUAGGAGGGAGCCUGGGACAGACCAAAUAAUGUCCCUGAAGAAUGACACGACUCAGCACCUGUCAUGUCACUCAGUGGAACUGUUGAAACCAAGCCUGACAAGGAUCUUUGAACACACCUCCAUGGCGAACAGCUUCGAUACACACUUUGAAAUGGAGGAAUUAUAGAGAAUGUCAAAAAAGGAACCCACUCAGUUAUUUUAUUUUACUCGUGAGUUUUUGAGCACAGAGUUGUUCCAGAAAUGUGUAGAAAUAAAAAUGUUAUAAAUCGACGACUACGCAUGUCAUUUUGAAAUCUUUAAAACAAAGAGGUAAAAGUUCCAUAUAUUAUAUUACCACAUGGACAAUAGUUGAUGCCAUUUACAAUGCCAAGGCCAGAUCUAAAAUCCACUUUAUAGCUGUGCCAGAUUUUUACUAAACAUAGUAUGCUUUGAGGUUUUUGCUUUGGUACAGAUUGACCAAUGUUUCUGCAUGCCUACUAUGGAGGGAUUGGAGCUACAGUAAAGCUCUAUUUACUUCUGUAAGCUCUCUCGUAUAUAAAGUACCAGUUAACUGCUAACAUAGAAAGUAAAACAAUACUAAUGAUUUUUAUUCUUUGGUGAUAUAUUUUUUGAGGGUAAAAUAGAUUAGACAUAAGAAAAGUCUGAGGAUUGGUGACUACCUAAAUGUGAUUUUUGCUAGUUACUAAAAUAUUCUUAACUACUUCCAAGAGCAAACUAACGUAUUGUCUUAAGCUGAUCAGGGAUCUAUGUGUAUAUGAGAAUCUGUGUUAAGUCUGUAUAACCCACUAGAUUUCAGUUCUUAUAAUGUUAAUAACAAUUGUGAAAAGGAUACAUUUGUCCUGUAUAACAGCAUUAUUCUUAACCUUUCCUGUUAGUAGAGUUUUAAAAAUCUGUCUUGGUUUUUACAUUACAGUACAUUACAUAAUUGUUAAUUUAAAUACGUAACCACUGAUUUUGAAAAAUUGCUAGUGUGAUACAAAAGGAGACAUUAUAAUGCAGAAUGCAGUCUGGUUCCUAGGAAGUAUUAAUAAGAAAAUUUACACACAACUUAUCUCAUUUAGCAAAGACCUGGAUGCUAUCUUUCUCUCAAACUAAGACUCUUUUUGACAUUAAACACUUAUUAAAAAAGCUUAUCUUUGCCUUCUGGAAACAAAAAGUGACAGUAUCCAAGUCUGAAUAUAAUUCUUCAGAGAAUAGUGUUCCCUUUCUCCAGGGAAAUGCUGUGAGAAUCAUU